GUGUGAGCUGUCCUUGGUCAGACUGGUCCAUGAGCGUACUUGGGGAGUGGAUAUACAGUAUCUCUUCAGUUAUGUAAGCCAUCACAUGUGAUAAGGGGGGGGGGGGGGAGGUGAUAACUUAAACUUGCAUGGAAGCUGAAGGCCUGAGGAUGCAAUGCAUUGUGUCUGCAUUACACAGUAAUCAACCCAUGCCUCCCUACAAUCACCAACCUCAAAAUGGAGGGUCAUAGGUGUGACAUACAUAGCUAAAUGAGAACUUUUCUUCACUCACUCUUGCUCAGUUAAUGUUAAGAAUCACUGUUUAUAUUUUCUAUAUUUCUAUCCCAGCUAAUACAAAAUGUUCUCAGAAUGUUAUUGGAAUGUUUUGUCAGUGCCACUACAUUGCAGCAACAUUGUGUUUUGUGUUAGCUGGGAUCCACAGCGACCCGUGCCCAUGCAGUAGCUGAUAAACGCAAUAAUCAGCAAACAGAAUGUUUCAUUGAACAAACAACAGCAGAAAGCCAAUAAAUAUUAUAACACUACAGUCAAAGCAGCUCGCUCAAGGGUAAAAGUCCAGUGUUUCCCUUGGAUUUGCAUAUAAAAGACAUCCCACUCACUAUCUACGGCCCCCAAGAGUGGGGCAUUAGAUACACAACACACACGUUUCGCCCAGGUACAGUAUGUCUUUGUCGAGUGGGACUUAUGUCAUCAAUGUGUUGGUCAGAAAAUAAACACUGCUCACCACACCGGCUGACAAUCUGGAGACAGACGUUUGACGCUUUCCUUGAGGGGAAAAAAAAGCUUGCCUUGAAACUAUAAGCGGAUGGUAGCCUUGGCAACCUGCAGGCUGACAGAAUAAACAGUGCAAAUUACAAGAUUCGCAUUUUCCAUUUUUCAAGGCUGCAGCCACUGAAGGCAAUUUCUAAUGUUAAAGGGCUGUUUUGUUUAAAACAUUCCUUUUGGCAAGUACGAGAAGAGCAGCCUGAAUUCAGGAAAUAAUGACUAUCCUGUGAACCCAGCACAUCAGGUACAAAUGGGGUACACUUUGCAUUUCAAAAACAGGAAUGUAAAAAUAUAUGUUGUUUCAUGGAAUGGGAAGGGAUACAGUACUCCCUGGAAUUAUGACAUGCACAUUUAAUGUAUCAUAUAUAGCACCCACAUAAUGCGCACAUUAUAAAUAACAGUUGUGAUCAAAGUAUAUUAAUAUACCAAAUAUAUCGAUGGGACUAAUGGUGAUUAUGAUUAUACAAAAGAUGCAUUAAAAGCACUGUGUGACUGCAAAAUCAGAACUAUGUAAAUAUAUGAAUAUAGACUGAUGGCUGGCAUGUGCUUACCAAGGGAGCAAAAUAAAUAAAUAAAUAAAUAAAUAAAUAAAUAAAAUAAAUUCAUAUAAAUAUGAUUUUUAGUCUUACACGACCAUUCUCACUCCGUUUUAAAACAUUUGACAGGAUUUUAAUAAUAAUAUUAAAAUGUAUUUUAAUAUUAAGCAGAGUAGUUCAUGUGUAAUUGACCUGUGUUAAGGAAAAACUCAGAUUUUUCACUUUUUUUUUAGCUAUUGAUCAAAAAAUAGUUUUAGACUUGGAAAACAAAAUACAUAUACUUAUGAAUUCCGUCAUUAAAACUACCCUCAAUGUACAAAUAAUUUUUAAUUCUAUUUGCGAUUUAGUUUCAAAAUCAGCUACAUAAUUUGGCAUCAGCUUAAUAUUUUCACUUCCACAUGAAACUGGAACUCAAGUUAGAUGGACCAUAGCGUACCUCAGUUUUAACAUUCUCUUUCAGUCUGUGCUGAGAGAUUGACUGCUACCCCCAGCUUCUCAUUGUCCCCAAAUUGGUUUCCUCCUGUAGUGAAGCCCUGUAUAGUCCAUUGCUGCCUCAGGGUAGGUAAUACUCCUGUUGCUAACCCAACUCCAAUCAUAGUUCAAGCCAUUAUGUGAAAAAAGCAAGAGCAGAUCCAGGGUCAGAGCUUUGGGGCAACACACAUUGCUUUGUUGUUCUACUUUGUGUGCCUGAAUUGAAUGUCUGUGAAGCCAGGGUUAUGAAUGCAUUAUGUUUGUGUGUGUGUGUGUGUGUGUAGUGGUUGUGAUGGUGGGGGGAGAAAUCAGGAAAAAGAGAUCUGACAGGAAUCAGUUGUUGCUGCAUUGGGACCCUGUAACUGGUGGCCAUGGUGACAUCCAAGCCUGCCUGUCUCCAAGACAACGCUGAUCAUACUAGCAUCGUCUGUGAGCCUUCCUGCUCACUGUUUGGGCCAGAGCUGUGUGCCAGUCUCAGCAGUGGAAAAACAUCAGCAACUGGGACCUGGAACCUGGACAGCACAGAAAAGGCCAAAUGCAAAUUUACCUCUCUGACAGAAUCAACUCUCAAUAAAUACUGCAUACUGAUAAAGUGAGCUAUCAUUCAAAAAUCUAAUUGUGUUAGAAACUAUUCAUCUUAUUCAGGUCUAUUUAUUUGAAAUAGCAGAUGAUGAAAGGCUAGAGAUGAUAAAAAUAUAUAUACAAUAUUUAUAUAAAAUAGAAAUAAAAUGUAUUGAAUAAUAUCCCCUCUCACUUAAUGGAUUGCAUGUGUGUUUUCUACAGUACAGUGUAUAUGAUCCUUUAUGUGUGAAAGUCUAAAACGCUACUAGCUUAUUUAAAUGCACUGUGAUAUCUGGUAUUGUACAUUAAAGAGUCCUGUAACAUACAUCACCUUGAAUCCCUGACCAGGAAGCUCAGUCACUUUAACUUAUGAAGAGAUAUCAUAUAAAAUGUAUGCUCUACCUCUGUAUAUAUAUAAACUGUUCUGCUGAACAAAUCCAAUUGUCAAACUCCCAUUCCAAGUUGUAAUGGAAUCUUAUAGAGACAAUGUAUUGUUCUAAUGGGACAUUUUCUUGGUGCAGGGUGAGAGGAGUUUGUGAAUGAAUGCCAUACCAUGUGAAUGCCCAUUGGGCAUGGGUACUUACUGUAGGGAUUAAUGCUUUACAUCAUAGCACCUGGGUUUAGCAGGUAUAAUGGUCAGAUGGGUGUUUGAGAAAGGACAAUAUACACCAAUGAACUAGGUAAUAGAGGUUAACUGCUAUCUCUGCCAUUAAUAGCACACAGUACUUGUUCUUGUGUGAUUUGAGUAUAACUACAGGAACAUUGCUUUAUUGGGAGAGUAAUGUCUGCAAAGAUUGUCACAGCAGCUUACUGUCAACAUCACAGGUAUCAGCCACUGUGUGGAAAAAGUUACAUUUGCUGCCAAGUGUCCGUUUCACAGCACAGUUUGUGCAAGUGCCUGGCAAUGGACAGUUGCUUCCCCACAACACGAUGCAUGUCGUCAGCUCCAGUUAGGACACCACACUCUGUAAAAGUCUAUCAAGCUGCCGGAAAGUUUGAGGAAUGCAUGACAAGACUGCGUAGGUUGUGUUUCUUUCCGGUGUUUUCCCUGUGUGACCCUGGGCCCUGCUCAGAGAGAGUGCUGGAGAUAACAAGCUUGUUAACAUACUGUUUGCAGCCACAUCUGUGUGGGUGCUUGCAAGCUUUCAUUCUACUUGUGGCCUGUAUACUGUGAGCACUCAUUCAUACCUUGAAAUGAUCACUGUGCCCACUGCCCUCUUUGUCUUUCUCCCUCCCCCCUACCUAAAUGAGAAUUACACCCUCUGCUACUGCUAAUGGAGGGAAGAUGGAUGUUUGCGUGGGCUGUGGUACGUCGGUCGUUAGUGACAUGCAGUGAGUGUUCCGGCACAAAAUGGCUGCCAAGCAUCACCCAGGUGUUGCCAAGGAUACUGCAGACGUACUGCUGCAUCUUACCUGACACAAACACAGACCAGCUGUAUUCAUGGUCGCCGUCUCCGCACUUCGAUGAAGACAGUCACUCUCCUCCACCCAGGAACAUGAAGGGCUUAUCCGGCGGCCGCGCCCAGCACCACCUCCCGGCGGGGCACACCUGCAGCCUGGCCGAGUGCGAGCACUCCCACGACCACCACAUCCACCAUGACACCCGCCACUCCUACCUGCUCAGCCCGACGGAGAGCUGCCCCAUGGACUACCACCACCGCUACUCGCCCCGCAGCUCCAUCCACUCCGACUGCAUGAUGAUGCCCGUCGGCAUGCCCGGCGGCAGCGGCGGCGGCGGCGGCGGCGGAGGCGGGGCCGACCACGUCUCCAGCAGCACCUUUCCCAGGAUGCACUACAGCUCCCAGUACUACGACACGGCCACGCGCGACGACUGCGCCGCCGCCGCCGCCGCCGUCUCCGUCUCCGCCGCCGCCGUCUCCACCUCCGCCUCCUCGCACCACGUCAGCUCCAAGAGCAACCGCAUCCCCGCCAACCUGCUGGAGCAGUUCGAGAAGCAGCUGCCCUUGCACCGCGACGGCUUCCACACGCUGCAGUACCAGCGCGCCUCGGCCACCGCCGCCGCCGCCGCCGCUGAGCAGCGCAGCGAGAGCCCCGGCCGCAUCCGCCACCUCGUCCACUCCGUGCAGAAGCUCUUCACCAAGUCCCACUCGCUGGAGGGCUCGUCCAAGAUGAACGGCACCAAGGGGGAGGGCGGCGGCGGGGGCGGCGGCCACCACCACCACGGCCACGGCCACCACUCCAAGCACGGCAGCAAGCGGAGCAAGAGCAAGGAGCGCAAGCACCGCUCGGGCGUGGGCGGCUGGUGGAGCUCCGACGACAACCUGGACAGCGACAGCACCUACCGCACGCCCAGCGUCAUGAGCCGCCACCACCCGGACCACGCCGGCCACUGCUACCCGGAGUCCAUGCAGAGCCACCACUUCGGCGACCUCACCCUCAAGACCUCCAAGAGCAACAACGACGUCAAGUGCUCGGCCUGCGAGGGCCUGGCCAUGGCCCCCGAGGGCAAGUUCAUGAAGAGGAGCUCCUGGUCCACGCUCACCGUCAGCCAGGCCAAGGAGGCCUACCGCAAGUCCUCCCUCAACCUGGAGAAACCCAUGAUGCACCAGGACCUGAAGCCAUCCCUGAGGCCUUGUCAUUACCUGCAGGUGCCUCAAGACGAGUGGGGGGGAUACCCGGGGAUCGACAGGGACGAGGAGAUCCCCUGCAGGAGGAUGCGCAGCAGCAGCUACGUCAAGGCCAUGGGGGACGACGAGAGCGGCGAGUCGGACACCAGCCCCAAAACCUCGCCCCAAAAAACCAUCCGGCCGGACGCCCUCGCCCUAAAGUCUGUAAUGCACAGGCCCCACAUAGACCCCCCAAGUCAGAGCUACCACUUGCAAACUGCAAGAGACAUGCGCCCCCAUUCCAGUGUAACUUUGGACCCAGCAACCAACUUUAACCCCCCCCAGUUCCGCUCCCGAAACCAGAGCUACAUGCGGGCAGUCAGCACCCUCAGUCAGGCAAGCUGCAUCAGCCAGGUGAGUGAGACUGAGAUCAAUGGGCAGUUUGAAUCAGUUUGCGAGUCCGUUUUUAGCGAAGUAGAAUCCCAGGCUAUGGAUGCCUUGGACCUCCCGGGCUGCUUCCGCACUCGGAGCCACAGUUACCUGCGGGCUAUUCAGGCUGGGUAUUCCCAAGACGAUGACUGCAUACCUUCAAUGACAUCCUCCACUGUCACUUCAACUCUCAGAUCCACAACAGAGGGAUAUGAUAUGCUGGAAGGUACGUCAUUGCUAAACGAUGACAAUUUAGAAGAGGACGAUGCGGAGAGCUCCUUGGCCUACCAUGAGCUGGACCGGCUGCAGAUGGACGACGUGACGCGUAGCCAGCACAGCACCAGCUCCACGGUCACGGCCGUGUCCGUCCCGCCCGCGUCGCCGCGCGCUUACCGCGUGCCCGUCACCAGCGCCCCCGCCCCCGACCCGCCAGUGCCCCAGGCCAUCCAGGCCUUCAAGGAGUCGGCCAACAUGGUGGCGGCCUUCAACAUGCAGUGGAAGGACGAGAUCUCGGCCAUGCGCUACGAGCUGGCCGAGCUGAGGCGGGACGUUUGCGGGGAGCUCAAGACCUUCAACAGCAACUUCUUCAACUUCACCCAGUGCUACAGCACGUGGAGCCUGCGGCGGGACGCCGGAGCCGGGGAGGGCGACCCUGGGGGCCCGGCCGACCGCGUCUCCGUGGGCACGCAGGCCGGGACCAGUGGGCCCGUCAGGCAGAACACGGUGGACCGGGCGGUCAUGUGCCAGCCGGACCCGUCGCCGUCGCCCAUCGCCAUGCUGGACCUGAUGGACCCGCCGCGCAUCGAGAUCACGGAGGACGCCGGCACCCCCGAGGGCACGGUGGGGUCCGACAGCCCCUCCAGCUCCAGACCCUCGGAGGACUCCACGUGGGACACCAGGAAACGGAGGGCGAGGAGGCGGUCGGGAGGCAGGAGGAGCGCCAGCCUGGAACUUUGGAGCAGGAAAUACACCAGUGGGCCCAUGUCAUACCUGUCAUUGUCAUUUUGAUCAUUCAUGUCAUUUCCAUAGGAACUCGGGAAAGAGAUUUCCUCAAGUACAUGGGUUCCAAGACUUGCAUAACAAGAGCAGGAGAGAGUUCCUAGAAGGGUCCAAAAAAGAAUACUCAUGUACUCUGCCAGACACGAUGAAUUCCAGGCUUUAGUUAAGUAGUAGUCGGCACUGUAACUUCCAAUCGGUGGUGCUGUGUUGAGCUGUUCUGAAUGAAAGCAAACUUCUGUUUCCCUAAAAUUUGAGAGUCCCUGGAAUGUGGAAAGUUGAUGAUGGGAGUUUUACCUUUGACCCCUGUCACAUCGACCCCUAAGUGCCACUGCAGCUUCCGGGUCUACAGCAUUCAGUGGGUGGCUCACGCCAGGAGAGAACCGUGACCUUGGAGAGUGCAGAAAUGAUUGUACCUUUAAACUGUGCUCAUUAUGUUAGCAAGCCAUAGAGCACGAGUGGUCUUGAGUAGAGCUGUACCCCCUUUGCGGAAAACCCUGUGAUGCUCUGCCCAGUGUUCUACGCACCCGCAGAACUGUGGCUAGAUCCACCCAUUCGGCUUAAAUUGUUCCAUACCUGAAGUAAAUAUAAAGGACACUAUCGGUGUAGACUUCCGAAUUAUGAAAAAGUUGUUCCUCUUCAUUACUCUGCUUUCUGUUCUGCAAAGGGAUAGGAGAGGAGUUUAAUGUUUAGGGUGAAUGUAUUUGCAGGAUUUGCCUUAUUAAGAAUUUUAAAUAACACCAGUGGAUGAAUUGUAUUUUUUUAGAUUUAGAAGGUAUAAAGACUGACGCACAGCUCUAAAGUCGGGCCAUUUUGAGUAAAACUGCAGAGGCAAUUUAUCUGUAACAUGCAUCCCAGCUACAGUAUCCAUGGCUAUACUGUUUCCAUAGGAAUUACAUGCUGAUUAUGCUAGAGCCUGAGUUCUCUUAAUGAUGAAAAUUUUCAGUGAAAUGCCUGCAUUUACUGAAAGUAAUACUGUGAAAUUCCUCUUGAGUACAUCAACUCUAAUUUUUGUAACCUUCACUAAUAAAAAUGUACGAAAAUUCAAAAAGAGCAAAUCUCACAAAUAAUCCUUCCAGACUCUGUGUAUCUCUAUUAUAAAAUUUAUAUUUUGCUAUUUACUGUAUUGUAUAGUUUCUCCAAAAUGAAAUAUUUUUAAACUUGUGUUUGGAGAUCAAAGUGAGUCACCACGAUAAUCUAAAGUAAAACUAUCAACAGUUUCAAAUGGAAAACUUUUGAGAAUACUGAGCUCAGGUAGUAAUGCCUAAUGUAACUGAUUGAAAACAAGAAUGACAUAGUGCCAUUGUGCACCUUUGUGUCAGAUUUCUUACAUUAAGUAAAUCCAGUAAUUCCCUCUUUACUGUAAGUACACAUGCUAAAAUAUUAUUUUCGAUUGUAGCAAUUUGCAUUCUAAAGCCAUAAUCACAUAUAUUGAAAAUGUAGAAUUGAGCAAUAUUAACAUGUGGAAGGAAUCAUUCUAAUAACCCAAACGGUUUGCCUGGAUGUUACUUCUCCAGCUUCACCCCUGCUGGUUUUAAGCAAAGUCGAGUUUUCCUACAUAGCAGCCAAGGAAAAAUGCUCAACUUGUUUUUUUCUACUUUUUAUCUAUCCAUACCAAUGGACAUCCAUUCCAUUUGUACUAUCUGAUGGUCACACGGCAAAUGUUAGCUUACUUACUGUACAAAAAUAAGAAAUUGCCAACUAAGGUCUAAUUGUUAGUGAAAUUUUAAGGCAAAUCUUACUGUUCUUUACAGUCUCUGUGGUAGCCACAAAGUGUAGCCUUUGCAGCAAUGUUCUUUCUCCUGAUACAAAUUGUCAAAAAUACACACACUUAAAAUGUGUUACUGGAGUAUAAUUAAGUGAAGUUUUUGCUUUGGGUUUUCUGCAACUGAUUUGAAUCUGCUAAACAGCCCAGUUUCAAAAACCUAAUCUCAUUUUAGAAACACAUAUGAGUGGUAUUAUUACAGCUGCAGUACGUGACAGUGAUUAUUACUAAAUUAACCAUAAACUGGAGGUUCAGAUUAAUUGUAUUGAUUGUUAGUUUGGUUUCAUCCAAAAAUACAAAAACCAGCUGUUGGAGAAAAUCACCUCUUGUGGAACCUUUUUGGUUAACAUUCAGAAUUGGACUUAAGCAGAAAUCAACCAUGAGGAAAUUUUAUCUGUUGUUCACUGUGUGAUUAUGCUCAUGGGAAAAUGUUAUUGAUUCCAGAAUUUUCUAAUGCAUUUAAUUAUGGGUUUAGAAUUUGGAAAGUUGUGAAGGGAAUAGAGCAUGUGUACUUAUACUGAGGAAACUACUGCUGUAUGUCAGUAUUUGAAAUUUGAUUUAAACAGACAAGGUAGCACUCACAUGUUUAACAACAUGCAAGAACAAAUGGUAUAUCAUAGAAAUUAUAUAAAUUGUCAAAAAUCUGACACAUUAAUUUCAUAUACAGUAUAUGUAUAUACAUAUAUAUAUUACUUUGUACAGAUGACUAGCUAUUCUGUGUGAUUUAAGUUUGUCUCCAUGUUAGUCGCAAGGUUGAUACAUGAGUAAACCCGUUAAGAUAAACCGGUAACUCAUGUUAUGUAAGAUUGGUGUCAUUCCAACUGUGGCUGUGCAUUUGUCAUCAGUCCAUAUAAAACAAACACAGUCUUCUGAAUGUCUCAGACGCAGGAAGCAUCUCCUGUGUUUGCCUCAUUCUUGUCUGAGAAACACGGCAUUGUUCUUGGAUGAACCUGGACAGUGUGAGCAUCUAAAAGCAUUUGCUCUCCUACCUCAUCCUUUCAUCAGAUGCAUGACACAUCCUGAAUGUACUGGCACCGCCUUCACUAGUGAUGGUCAAGUGAGACUCCAUGAACCACUUCAUUGCGCAGAGCUUUCGUGAUUUGUCGCUCAUUGGCUGGCCUGAUCCAAUGAGAACGCUUUGAUUGGUUCAGAUCAGUGAUGUCAUUACUGCCAUAUCUCCUCCAAUACCCGUGACCAUUUUUUUCUGCCCCCCCUUGUCGCGUGUGUCUACCACGGCCUACCAAAGUCGCUGCCCGGGCCAACAAGCUCCUGUGAGAAAGCUCCAUGCCCCUCCCUCUGAGUGCCUGAUGGUGUUGACUGUGAAUGUCCGUUCGCUCUUGUCUCUUUGACCUUUCAUUCCAGUUGUCCCUAGAGGGAAUGUAGAGGGAUGUAUGAUUUGUGGAAGAAUCCUGCAAAUUAAACAUACCUGUAUAUCCAAAGACGUUUACGGUAACAUAUUCUUAGAACAUACUGUAGAGGGUUUCAGACUCUGCUCUCUCAUUCUGACCAAGAAACAGGAUCUUCUUUUUUGCACGACCUAGUGAAAUUUUUGGAGAAACCAAUAGCUGUUUGGACGGAUUUCUACCAUGUACGCACACAAAGAAAGAGCUGCUCUGGAAGUCAUCUCAAACCAACAUGGCUCCUCUCUACAUCUACAUACCUGAUAGCUUCAUGGUAAUUCACCUGUUUUCUUUGUCACCCAUUGACUGAUAGGACAUGGUCUUUGAGUGAUGCUUGAGGUACAUAAUUACCAUUGGAAUUCUGGUGGGAAGUGGAAGCUAAAACAGAGAGAGAAGCUACACUGAAGCGGUACCACCAAAAGACAGAAGAUUUUUGUCAGCAAAAUCACCCUGGUCAUACCCCCAACAGUAUCGUCUUGCUCCGACUACUCCGUAAAGUUUGCACCUGGAUUUUUCUGGACCGUGGGUCUCCUGUGUGAUCUUCCAACAGGGUUCGUUGUUCAGCUCUUUUCUCAAGCAAUACACCCACCACAAACUAUUCGAGUGGCUCCUUUUCAACGGGAUAGUGAUCCCGUUCGACAAAGGUGGAGUGUCCCCGGAACGUUCCCUUGCUUAGCACAUCAGCCUUAAUUUGAGCCGAAUAUCAGAAAUCAUGGCACUGAUAGUCAGUUGAAUGGAUCGGAAAACUAAUAUGCACAUUACCUUCUGCGUUGAAGACGGAUCAUACAAAAUCAUACAAAAAACAGGGACAUGUUCCUGAUUUAAAAAAAAAAAAAGAUAUAUAUAUAUAUAUAUAAUGAUCCUGGAAACAUAACUUUUUUCUCCUUAUUUUUGGAAUGUCAAAUGACAAUACAAACUCAAACGCUUGAAGGGUUUCCCUUCUCGUGUCCCUUUACUGAGUUUUGGGAAGCGAGGGCCCCCUCUGGGGUGGAGAACCUAUACGAUCUAUCGGUGCUGAAUACAGAAAGGCACAGUUCAACUAAUGAUGUCUCAACAUUGCAUACAUCAUUCUAUGCAAGUCUUCUGUUUGUUUUGUUUUUGUUUUGCUUUUCUGUUGGAAACCCCAAUGUCUUUUUUUGUUGAUUUGUUUUGUUUGUUUGUUUCUUAACCAAAUGCAGUACAACUAAAUGCAUCCGAAACUGACUGAGCCAAUUCAGUCUCGGAGACUCCAGUUCUGGAGUGGCCUAAACUUCAAGAUUGCAUUUGAGAUGAGAGUGCAAUAUUUUUAUUUUAUGGUUAAAUUGUCUGAAAUAAUGAGUGUUCUUGUAAUAGCAAACUUGUUUGCAAAGAACAACCUUAAUAUCUGAAUGCAAGUAGGGGAAUCUAAAUGGAGAGCAUUCUGGGAUAACCUACCAAAUUAACAUAACCACGGUGUAAAACAUGUAAUUGCUUGAAAAAUGAAUGUGUAAUAACAUAUUGUUGUAUAACAAUGAUAUAUUAUUUAAUGAAGAAGUUGAUUAAUUACGUCAGCUGCACAGUUCUAUACAUAUUUACUUUUUGUGUGGCUGUUCUGUAAAAAUAAAUGAAUGAAUGAAUGAAUAAAUAAAUAAAUAAUGUGCUAUUACACACUCAUUGCUAGAGCAAUUAUUAUUGGUUACACUUAUAUAAGGUCAACGUAAUUUUAAACACUGCCCGAUAUAAUAAUUUUGUUUGACAUACAUUAUUGUUGCAGAGGUAUUCAUGCAUUUGUCACGGUGCAUUUAUUAUGAUGGCUGUUUAUUUGUUUAUGUAUUGUGAAAACAAAUGCUUCGACAAAAACCAUAUUCAAACCAGAAAACUGCAAUUUGAAUAAUAAAAAGGUGUCAUGCAAAACAGUAUACAUGAGUUGCAAUGUGGACUGUCCUCCCUUGGAGGAGGUUUUGUAGUCAUGGAAACUUGCAUAGAAUGCCUGUCCGGUGUGUCUACAGGCUUAUUUUGUUUUUAAUGACGCCUCGAGAGCUGCCUAAGUGGCUAUUUGGAUCGCGGUAGGACACAGCCAGAUGAUGCCAUUACUUUUCCUGUGCAGCCCAGCUGGGGAGGGGGUGGUUUAUUGUGAAGAACUUGCCUUCAGGCUAAAAUCAGGCAAUGAUAACCUUUAACCCUGUGACAGCCCUAUACCACUAUCUAUGCCCUGUGAGUAUGAUGGGUCUUAGGGCAUCUUUCUUGGUUUGCAUCGUAUCUAGCUUUAUAAGCUAACACUAAACUUGGAGAGUAUUAUUAUUAUUAUUAACAUUAGGUCUGCACAAGACCCCCAUAGCCCUUCAUGUUGAUGUAAAACAUUCAUAAAUGUUAGUGACAUCCAAUAACAACUCACGGGCACUGUUUACUGAAAUCUAUGAGGCACUGCCUGUAACAAGUUGUUAUAAGUUGUUAUAUGGAUGUUAUAAGCAGUUACAUUAAGCAUGUUUAUGAAGUAUGUUUAUGAAUGUUCAUCCGGUUAUGGAGAUUUUGUGCAGGCAGGUUGCAGUGAUUUAUAAUAAUACUUUUCAAGAAAAUUUGAACUGUUUGGGGGAUACUGGGAAUUUCAUUUAAACAACUUAAUUACAAUGAUUUUUAGGCUUUGUUUGGCUGCUUUUGAUUGUGUUUUCUUUUACGAGGAUGUGUGACUUCUUUGAUCUUGAUGCUAACUGUAAUGCUUCAAUGUGAUAAUGUUGGUUGUUUAAAUUUCAGUAUGCCUUAUGUAUUUUGUCAUAACUCAUAAAUUUAUGGAUAUGUUUAA